GCGCUCCCAAGAUGGCGGCGGCGCCGGUACCGGCCGUGUGAGGCGGGAGCGCGUCCCGGUCGCCUGCGGCUCCUCCGCCCGCCCGGCCCCGCUCCCGCCCCGCAGCCGGCGGGAUGCUCAGAUCCACCGGCUACUUCCGCGGCAUCGACUGCCCGUUCCUAAACGCCGGGGGGUCGGGGCCGGGCCGGGGGUGCCGCAGGCCCUACUGCCACUUCCGGCACCCCCCGGUGGCCCCGGCACCGUGCGGAGCCUCCGGAGCCUCGGGCGACCCCAGCGUGGGGCUCCCGCUCGGACACGGCGCAGAGCGAGGCUAUGAUCCCUACAACCCCGAGCUGCCCAGGCCCUCGCUGGAGGUGGAGGAUGGCCUUCUGGCUGACAUCACAGAUGUCACACCUGGAAUUCUGGAGCUGGAGCUGGUCAACAAGGCCAUUGAGGCAGUGAAAAACGAAGUGGAGAGGGAGCAGAAGAAGUAUGAGGAGCUGCUGGAAACCACGAAGGAGUUUGGUGCUUCAGAGGGCUCCUCACUCAUUUCAAACACACCCGUGUCAGCUGCUGGGCCUCAGAAUGAUUCCUUUGCCUCAUUGGAGUACAAUCCAGGGAGCUACAGCUUCAAUAAUAACUCAGAUUACAACCCCACUCCUCUGGCUGCUGCUGGCCGAUCCAGUAAAUACACUUUGGAUUCCUCCCGCUCCAAAGGGAGCUCCCUGGAAUACGUCCCCAAGGCUGUAAUACAGAAUAAAAAAUACAGCAGCACUGUCACUAACAACAAAUACGUGAUUGAUGACUCCAAGCCUUCCACAGACUUGGAAUAUGACCCCCUUUCCAAUUACUCUGCCAGGCUGUUGGGCAAAGCCACAACCAAGGGCUCCAAAAGGGAAAGGGCCUCUGAUUAUGAGGACUCCUACUCUCCAUCACGGAAGAAGCUCUGCGAAGAUCCCGAUGAUGAUGAGGUGUUGGCCAGGUUCUCCUCCUCUGAAGAUGAGGCUGAGGUAGAAUAUAAAACAGCUUCUGGUAGUUCACCCUCAAAAGCUGGUUCUGAGAGUGAGUCAAACGAGUUCUCCAGCAAAGAGCAGAGCACAAAAGUGGAUGGCUCCGCUUCCCAGGAGAGCAAAGAAGCAGCACAGCACAGGGAGGACCUUCCAAAUUCACAGAAAAAUCUUGCCAAGAACUCAUCUGACAAGAACUCAAAGGCAGCGAAGUUGUGUUCUGUUAAGAACAGCAAGGAAAUUGAAAAUAAAAACAAAGAUUCCAAAGACAAAACAAAAAAGAAGAAAAUAGAUGUUAGUAAAGCACCAGGCCUCAGUGAGGCUGGGAAGAAGGAGAAAAAUAAAAAUGCAGACAAAGACAAAGCGCUCAAGAAAGAAGAAAAAUUAAAAACCAAGAAUGAAGAGAAAAACUGCAAAGACAAAAGCAUCAAAGUGAAAACAGAUGGGAACUUGAAGAAACCUGAAAAACAGAAGUCAGAAAAAGUGGAUGGGCAUAAGAAAGAAAAAUCCAAGUCCACCACCAGCAGUUCAGGGAAAAGCAAGAGCGAGGGUGUCACCAAGGGCACAGAGAAAGUGGGGAACAGCAAGAAGGAUUCACAGAGCAGAACAGCUGAUGUGAAAAAUGGCAAGGAAAGCUCUGGUCGUAAAAACAAGGAGAAAGGGACCAAGACCUCCCUGGAGCGAAAGAAAGACAAGGUCAGUUGUGCAGGACAAGGAGACCCCAAGAAGGGUCGGAAGCAGCAGAGUUUGAGCCACGUGGACCUGUUUGGAGAUGAGAGUGGAGAUGAGGAUGACAAAGGCCGGCCUUUGUCCUCCUCCUUACUUGAUGUGAGCUCGGACUUGGAUGGGGCUGACUCUGGCUCAGCCUCUGACAGUGACAAGGACAGGAGGAAGAAAGUGAAGCGCUCGAAGUUAUCCAAAUCCUCAUCAUCUUCCUCAACAUCUGAUGACAUUGAUUAUUCCAUCCUUGAGAAAGAUGUGGACUUCGAGACAGAUCCCAUGGAGGAGUGUCUCAGGAUCUUUAAUGAAUCUAAAGAUGUAAAAACUGAAGACAAGGGAAGGCUGGGCAAACAGCCAUCCAAAGAGGAAGCAAAUGAAGAAAAGACAGAAGAUAAUUUAACUACCUUGUUUCCUGGACAAAAAAGAAGGAUCUCUCAUCUUGUCAAACAAGGAAAUGCAGAGGCCCCGAGCAAGCCGGUGGUGCGGCCCUACCGUCCCCCCACGGCCCAGGAGGUGUGUUACCAGAGGAUCCAGCUGGCUCAGCAGCAGGCAGCACAGCUGGUUGGGACUGUUCAAAAGACCUCUCUCUGUUUGCCAGGAGAAAAGAGGAGGAUUGCUCACGUGCCAAAUGCAGCCCUCACCGCAGCAGCCAAGCAAAGCCUUGGGAGCAGUAAGGCGACUGUUGGUGGCAGGAGUGUCACACCUUCCAAUGACUCUGAAGCCCCCACCCUUCCUCUGAAGCCUUGCACCUUGGCUGGGAUGGCUUCCAAGACCACCAGCACCAUCGUGCCCAAAAGGGUAGCACAUGUUCCCUCCUUACAGAGCACCACUUUACAGAGGCCUGUUAUUCCCACAGAAUUUGGUGCUAAAGUCCCAACCAACAUUCGCCAGAGGUAUCUCAAUCUCUUCAUUGAUGAGUGCCUGAAAUUCUGCUCGUCCUCCCAGGAAGCCUUCGACAAGGCCCUGGCAGAGGAGAAGGUGGCCUACGAGCGCAGCACCAGUCGCAACAUCUACCUGAACGUGGCCGUGAACACCCUGAAGAAGCUCCGCAGCCUCGUGCCCAACUCCCCAGCCAGCACCAACAAGACAAGUAACAAGAAGGUGGUGUCCCACGAGGCUGUGCUGGGAGGGAAGCUUGCUGCCAAGACCAGCUUCACUCUGAACCGCUCAGGGAGCCUGAGAGCCGAGGAUCUGACAGGAGCUGCCCUGUACCGGCGCCUCAAGGAGUACCUGAUGACUGAGGAGCAGCUCAAGGAGAACGGGUACCCAAUGCCUCACCCUGAGAAGGCUGGACGUGCUGUGCUCUUCACUGCAGAGGAGAAGAAAGUGAUUGACUCCUCGUGCAGGAUCUGCUGUCGCUGUGGCACCGAGUACAUGGUCUCAGCCUCGGGGAGCUGCAUCCGCAAGGAGGAGUGCGUCCAUCACUGGGGGCGGCUGCGCAAGCAGAGAGUGCCAGGUGGGUGGGAAACCCACUACAGCUGCUGCUCUGGAGCUGUGGGGUCACCAGGCUGUCAGGUUGCUAAACAACACGUGCACGAUGGGCGCAAGGAGAGCCUGGAUGGCUUUGUGAAGACUUUUGAGAAGCUGCCCACGACUGAUGGCUACCCUGGGAUCUACGCCUUAGACUGUGAAAUGUGCUACACUAAGCAAGGACUGGAGCUGACGAGAGUAACUGUGAUCAACUCGGAGCUGAAAGUGGUGUACGACACCUUUGUCAAGCCAGACUCCAAGGUGGUGGAUUACAACACCAGAUUCUCAGGUGUGACAGAGGAGGACCUGGAGAACACGAGCAUCACCCUGCGGGAUGUCCAAGCCGUCCUACUGAACAUGUUCAGUGCAGACACCAUUCUGAUAGGGCACAGCUUGGAAAGCGACUUAUUUGCACUAAAGCUGAUCCACGGCACCGUGGUGGACACAGCCAUCGUGUUCCCCCACCGCCUGGGGCUGCCCUACAAGCGGGCCCUGCGCACGCUGAUGGCCGACUACCUCAAACGCAUCAUCCAGGACAACGUGGAAGGACACGACUCCAGUGAGGACGCCAGAGCCUGCAUGGAGCUGAUGGUGUGGAAGAUCAGAGAAGAUGCCAAGGUGAAGCGAUGACCUGCGUUGUCUCUCUGCUGUUCUCCUGCACCUCUGUGAAGAAGCAGUGCAAUAAAUGCCCACAGCCACUCUGUCCCCAUGCCAGCAGCAUGUUCCUGCUCCCCAGCCAUCCCAGCAGGACUCCUGGACGCACACACCUGCAGUCCCCCUGUCCAGGUGGUGCUUCUCAGAUCCUCAGAUCCACCUGAGGGAUUCUCUGUGGUCCAAGCACCGCCUUUUGGGCCUGGCAAGGUGGUUUUGAGUAGCACAACCAGAACUUCUUGGUUCCUAGGAGAAGCUUGUUAGAGGUAGGUUGGAGAUGUGCAGAAGGAUCCUUCUGGUUCAGUUCAAGGUAGAUUGUUUACUACUUGUUUUUUGUUUUCUCCCAAAUAUAACUUAAAUUGCCUCUGUACUCCAAAGCAGUGUUUGGAGAGGGGGAGAUGGCAGAAGGUUGGGCAGGAAGCUGUGAGGGGAUUGUGUAGCUGGUGUGGGAAGCAAGAGCUGAGGGUCAAGCACUUGGGAAGAGAUCCUGGUGCAGUCCCACUGUGGAACUGCAGAAGAGGGAGGCUGGCUCUGAGCAGCUGGAGGGAGAGGAAUGAGGUGGGAUCUGGGAAUUGGCACCUGGUUCUGCAGUCAGUGCAGAAGGGGAAACCACCAGUGUCCCACCUUGCCCAGACCUCAGGGAGCCACGAGGCAGGACAGGGACAAACAGCUCCCAGAGCCAGGGAGAGCCUGCAUCCCAUCACUGCAGGGUAGGACAAGGGUCUUUCCCUGCCCCUCAGCUUCCAGCAGGGCCCCAGUGAGCUUCCCAGUGUUCAGGGAACAAGGUUUUUGGGUGUGCAGGUAAGGCUGCACCUAAGGGUGGCCUCAGCAGCCUGUCCCUGCUGCAGGGACUUGGUCCAGGCAAGAGCAAUAGGGGAAAAUCAUUUCACCUCAUUUACAUGUUGGGAGUUGUGCAGAAAGCAAAGGACUCAGCUGUGUCUGGCACCUGGGCUAAAGCAGCUGCUGAGUGUGUCUGUCACUGGGGUGACUGGGUGGCACUGGGGGUCCCUCUGCCCUGCCCCUGCUGCUGGCUGGGGACAGCAGAGCUGAGGGGAGCAAUCCCCAUGGACCCUGUGGUCUCUCAGCUGGGCUCAGGGAGCACCUUCACCCCAGGGCAGUGACCCCCAACCCUCCCUGCAGCGCUGGGAUUGUGUCCCUUGGUGGCUGCUGUGUCCCUGUGUCCGUCUGGGGGCAGUGGGGUUUGGUUCCUGUCAGAGCCAGGCUCGCUCACUCGGGGUCUGGGGACAGCUGUGUCCCCUGCAUGUCCUGCUGAGCUGUCCCAGCCUGUGGCAGGAGUGUGGGCUGGGCUGUGCCCCAGCUCUGGCCCUGCUGAACUCUCCCCAUCCCACUGCUGCCCUCGGAGCAGGGAUGUGGCUUCUCUGCCAGGAGCCACCAGGAGAAGUGGGGCUGUGAAGACUCCUGUACUGCUGAGCCCAUCUGUGUUUCCUCUGCAGCCAGUUCCUUACCCCAGUUUUGGGGAUGCAGCUCCACAUCCAGCUCUGCUCCUUCCCUGCCUUGGGGCUCCCACCCCUGAGCAGCUUUGGGCCACCUUGGGCUGUCCCUAUGUCCCCCUGCCUGCAGGGAACAGUGCUGGUCCUGCCAGGCUGGGGGAGAGACAGAGUUGAGCACUUCCCAGCUGGGGAGGGAAGGUUUGUUCCUGCUUCUGCCUCUUUGCCAUGUUUAUCCCCCAUUUAUCUUCACCCCUGGCUGCAGGGGUGGAAUGUCCCUGGAGCAGCCAGGGCAGGCUCAGAUGUGGCUCCUGCCUCUCCCUGUUCCUCAGCAGGCAGCCCCUGGGGCUGUUGGCUCCAUCCCAGCCGCUGGGGCUGGGCAGGCAGGGCCUUCCUCCAGGCCAUGGCACCUCCUUCACUCCCCACAGUCCCCAAACUGAGGUUUUGGGGUGGGGUGUGUCAGGGGAUGUCCCUGGGAGGGUGGAACCAUACCCAGGCCUGGCCCCGGGCUGCCAUCACCUCCCCAGGCACCAGAGGUUUGGUUGGGUUGUACAGAACGGUUGUAACCUGUAACUUUUUGUAAUUGUUUUUAAUAAAAGAGUGUUGACUAGAUGCA